UAGGCAAGAGGUCAACCAUGAAUAUACAAAUGUAAAAUCCAUGUGGGAAGCUUUCAUAGGAUUUUGUUUUUCAAACCCUUUUGUUUGACUAUUUAUGCUUCAUUUGGAUCUAGUCUUCCAAGCAGACCGUUCGAAUUGGAAUUUACAUGUAUAUGGGGCUAUGUAUCUCUUUCUCUAAUAGUUUCAUCCCAAAUCAAACAAAACACUUCCUCUAAACCAGAAAACUUUCUCUCUCUGUCUCUCUCUGUCUUUCAGAUGCUGAUUCCUUUCAUCUGCGGCACACUUCACCACGAAGAAGAAGACGACCAUACCAUGAGUUCUAGUGCUUGUUCAACACCAAAGAAAUCAAGAAAAAAUGGGUUGUUUUCCAAAAACAAAGACAACCCCUAUUCCUCUCGCGGCCUUGAUAAAUUCUCUGCACUUUUAGCCGAUCUUGAAGAGAAAAGGCAGAAGAUUUAUGCAGAAAGUGGCGCUCAAGAUAUUUCCUUAGUUCGCUUUGUAUACAAGAAUUCCAACGAUUGUGUUCCGAUUGUAAUCAAGUUGAAGGACAAAAAGGAUGAGAAAACCAUGACUGAAGAACAACAUGCAACAGAACAAGUACUUCCUGAUGACAAAUUUCCUAUUGAGACUUCCAUGGCUGUGAAAGAAGAGAAUCAAUCAAAAUUGGAAUCGGAUAAGUACACGAAAAAUAAGAGGAGCUUCUCAUGGAACAACACCAAGUUCGCUGGGUGGAAGUGGAACCGACCAUCUUUUUACUUGCCUGUGUUUGUGAUAUUGAUUUUGUUGUUCUUGGCCUUGUUUGGGCGAUCGAUUGCAAUUCUAUGUACCUCUAUUGGGUGGUACAUGGUUCCCACAUUGAAGGAGAGCUCCGAUAGGAGAAGGUCAAUGAAGAAGAAAGAAUAUGUAAGAAAAUUGAGCCAACCCAAGAUGAAAACUGACGGAUUAUCUUCUCCUAAGACAAAUCGCAGCGAAGGUGUGAAAGACAAGUCUCCAAGACAACAUGGACAUCGGAAAAGUUGGUGAAUAUCGACUUGAUGGAUCUCCGAAUUCCCUUCUUUAGUUUGUUCUUUUCUUUUCUUUUUUCUUUUUUUUUCUGUGUUAAAGAUUUUGAUGCAGUACUAAAAUAUGUACAUUAUAAUUUUUCCUUUUUCCCUUUUUUAGACAUGUAGGAUUGGUUUUGAAAAUUCAAUCUCUCCUCGACAUGUUUAAUGUGUAGAUGAGCAACCUGCGAAUAGACUACAAAUUGUAACCCAUUUUCUUGUUGUUUUGUAAAGAGAUCAUGUGAAUGAAAUUUGUUCCAACGAUCUCCAUGUUCAUGACGCUA